UAUGUCUGGACGCGGCAAAGGCGGAAAGGGCCUCGGAAAGGGCGGAGCCAAGCGCCACCGCAAGAUCCUGCGCGACAACAUCCAGGGCAUCACCAAGCCCGCCAUCCGCCGCCUCGCCCGUCGAGGUGGUGUGAAACGUAUCUCCGGCCUCAUCUACGAAGAGACGCGUGGUGUCCUCAAGAUCUUCCUCGAGAAGGUCAUCCGUGACUCAGUAACAUACACCGAGCACGCGAAGCGCAAGACCGUCACCGCCCUCGACGUCGUGUACGCCCUCAAGCGGUCAGGACGCACGCUCUAUGGUUUUGGAGCUUA